UCCAUUUCCAAAGCCACCCAAAUUCACUGAUGCGUUCUGCGCGUGUAUAGAAGCGACUGAUUCGUCACUUCGUAUGACACGUAGCCUCGCAUCUAUACAAUAGAGCGAGCAGGUGGCAUUCAGAACUUUAUCAUUUCGCAGUGGGUGGGUGUUCCUAGUUUGCACUGUAGCCUAGGCUGUAGAGACGCGCGAAUAGGUUACUGAGAGGGGAUCCAAUAGACUGCCCUGACUACACAGUAUACCGGCUAAAUGCCCAGCACCUGCAACUGUCUUCACACGACCUUCAGUCUUGCCCUGGUAUCUGCACAAAGUAAUACAUCAAGGUAAAAAGAACAGCACACAGCAAUGAGCUCCUCUCUUCCCAAGAGCGAAUCUACGACCUCUCUGUUGAGAUCCUCAGCGGUACCGGUGAGUCGCAGAUCCGCACAUCAUUCCGAGCAUCAUGGGUCGCGCAGCCACCGCAGUCACCAUCACCAACCCGAAGGAGGUAGCGGUGUACCUGACGAGCCGUGUUGGAGCGAUGAGUGCGAGGCAAGCGCGCGCAGACCGCUUUGUCAACCGAGGCAUGCCGGUGGCAGGACAGACAGGAAUGGAGGUGAUAAACGGGGACAUUCCCACCACUUCCAACAACACAGCAACCACUACGAUGACGGCUACAGACAGGAAGAAAUGAGAGAGCGGAUGGAUCGCAGUGGGAAAGACCGCAGUAAGUCGUCCAGACACCUCCACCCACACCACCACCAUCAUCACAACACCUCCAAAUGUGACCUGCCGCCUGCGCAUCACCACGGGAACGCACGUCCGGACCGGAGGUCCUCGCCAACUCCAUCCUAUACAAAACAAUCCGACGACACUGCGUACUUUUUUGAAUCAAAGGACAGAAUAAUUGCUGGGUCGUCCACGAGUUUAAACUCUGACCCACCGGUAUCGUCCACGCCAGUGCCCGGUCCCCUUACCAGCCGCACCGCCAAAAGACUCAGCACAGCUCCACCCGAACAUGACUCAAAUCUGCAUCCGAUAGUGAAAUCAGUCUUCGGGCAGGACCAGAAGAAGAACUACAGAGCAGUGCAGUCCUGUGAGGAGGGGACUGGGGGGGCCUAUCUUGAGCCACUAGUUGCUAUGGCUCAGAAUGGAGGCAACAUGCACAACGUACUGGGGCCUGCCUGCAUCUUUCUACGCAAGGGCUUCGCUGAGAGCCGGCAGGCUAAGAAGGAUAGAGAGCUGAGGCCGGAGGAGAUGGAUGAGUUGCGCGAGGCUUUUAAAGAGUUUGACAAAGACAAAGAUGGCUUCAUUGGCUGUAAAGACCUAGGCAACUGCAUGAGAACCAUGGGCUACAUGCCUACUGAGAUGGAGCUGAUAGAACUGAGCCAGCAGAUCAACAUGAACUUGGGAGGACAUGUGGACUUUGAGGACUUUGUGGAGUUGAUGGGGCCCAAACUUCUGGCUGAAACAGCAGAUAUGAUCGGGGUCAAGGAGCUAAGGGAUGCUUUCAAAGAGUUUGACACAAAUGGUGAUGGCCAGAUCAGCACAUCUGAACUCAGAGAAGCAAUGAAGAAACUUUUAGGUCAACAGGUUGGUCAUAGAGACCUAGAGGACAUCCUACGGGACAUUGACCUGAAUGGAGACGGCCAUGUCGACUUUGAAGAGUUUGUGCGCAUGAUGUCUCGCUGAGUGUAGGUCAUGAUGCCGACUGGUUCCUUUCCUGGUAAGAGAGGAUGAGAAGGAGAAGAAGAAGUGAAGGAGAGGCAGUGAUGGCAGAGGCCUUACCGACAGACCUCUUACCUCAGACUUCUGAACUACAGAAGGAGAAACGACAUAUCAACCCCGCUCUGCUACUGCCACAUCUGAAGACAUGCACAGAAGCUGAAGGAACAACAUCAGUGAUCAUGAUGAUGCUGUUACUGCUGUCUCUAAGAGCAAAACAGAACAACAGCCAGCCUCCCACAGUUUUACAUUGUACAUUUCAGAUAUUAGAGAAAACAUAUCUAGGUGUUUACAGGGUCUAAAGAGCAAUGUGAUGUUUGAGCUACUUACACUCAUUGCAAUGGUUGGUUAAUGCUGUAGCAAAGUAAAGGAGACACAUUUACAUUUUCAACACUUUCUUACUUAUGCCAACGUCUCCUAUAACUAGUCUAAAGCAGCAUAUUCCCCUCUGGGACUUUGGACUCCUAAAAUAAACUUUUUAGUGGCAAUAUUAUUAUAUCAGUGUACCAACUCUCAAAAUAUGUGUUGUUUGUGUGUGCGUUCAUGUGUGUUUGUGCACCUCAAUUAUCCUUUCCUGUAAGAUUUCAUAUGUCUUAAGCUACUGUACAGUUAGUGUCAAACCCAUGGCAUAUGCUGGCUCUAUCUUGAAUUACAUGCCAUGUAUUACCACGGAUGCACUUUUUUAGAUUUUAUUUUUAUCAACACAUAUCGAGUUACAUUAUACGAGUUUUGAACAUAGAUGGGUACCUGCUUUGAUAAAUGGAAGGUCUGUUUCUUGAGAACCGAAUACUCUGGGGAAUGCGGUAGCAAUCAUAAUUAAUUGGUUUCUUCGGGCCAACCCUAUACACAGUUUUGCACAUUGUCUUGCAUGAAUACUAAGAAUGCAUGCUCCACUUAUGAUUUAACCAGACACACUGUCACUCCCCAUGCAAAUAAACAAUGUGCACCACAAACAAACAUAUACACAGUAUAUUAUUGUGGUGAUCAACAUAACACUGGAUCCUGUGUGAGAAUGUGUGUGUGUGUGUGUAUUUAUGUACUGAUGAGAGUGUUUAUGUAUGAGUGCUUGUGUAUUUUGUUGUGCGAGUCUCCCUUAGGCAGUCUUAUUUGUGACUUUGCAUGUGUCUUCCUUGUGUGAUUCUAUGCAUGCCAAAUAGUAAAACAAUUUGUAGCAUAGUAGAUGAGAAUAAAGAUUU